AUGAAGAUCAUCAACAGCAUCACACGGCGCAUCCGACGAAUACCGUCCGCAUGUUCGCCAUCAGCCUUGCAUCGCACACACUACACAGGCUCCCUCCUCUUCAACCUCGCAUCAUUCAUCCUCCCCGCCCUCUACGGAACUCUAUCCAAACUCUGGGUUGCCAAUAUCGACUCCUCCAUGGUUGUGCUGACCGAUGCAUACACCUACAUGAACACAGCUUCUGAGGCAGUCAACGAAGGCCUACCGCGAGCAGCAUGGGUCAUCAUUGGAGACAAGGCUUCGCGAUCACUAGCAAAGCGCUUGCAGUUGACACAUACCCUUAUCGCAUUUCAGUCUGUUAUCGGACUGCUAUUGAGUAUUGUGUUUCUUGCAGCUGCAUCGUCCUUUGCUAGAAGCUUUGUUCCAUCUGAAGUACGCGGUGUAAGCCUGACGUAUGUGCGAAUCGCAUCCUUCACUGUCUUCAGCGGAGCAUUGGAAACAGCAGUGGCUACGGCGACAAGAGCGUUAGACAAACCGGAUAUUCCACUAGCAAUCAGCAGCGUCAAGUUCGCCGUCAACAUCAUCCUCGACUUUCUCCUCAUCUCUCGAUUCCACGUCGGCUCUUUUACACCUACUGUCAACAUGCAGGGCACAAUCCAGCUGGUCUGCAAUCUUGUAGCAGCCUUUGCUGGACUUGCCUACUUCCUGUGGUCGAACACCUGGUCUUUCAUGAGACACACACCACAUGCUUCUCAGGAAAGUCUACGCCCUAGCUUUUCUGCAUUCAAGGUCCUUCUCCGACCUGGUAUCAUCUUCUUCAUUGAGUCAGCGGUCAGAAAUGCUUUAUAUCUAUGGCUGGUGAGCACAAUCGUUGCUUUGGGUGCGGUCUAUGCCACAGCUUGGGGAGUCUUCAACACCAUCCGCUGGGGACUGAUCAUGGUACCUGUGCAAGCACUGGAAGCCACCGCCUCACAAUUCAUCGGCCACAACUGGGGAGAUUGGAGAAGGCGCGUGGAUGUCAGUACACGAAAGCCAAGAGCACCGUGGAAAGAUUUGCACGAAAUUGCGCGGCCAGCAUUGAGGUCACUGGCGCUUGCGAUUAUCUUUGAAGUCCCCAUUGCGAUAUUUCUUACUCUGUUCGGAGCAAAGCCCUUUGCGUCAUAUAUCAGCGGUUCUGGCGAAGUGGCAAAAGUCACAGCGUAUAUGUGGGAAAGUCUCGACUGGUGCUAUGUCUUUUACGCCAUGUCUACGCAGCUUGCUACCAUUCUUCUCGCAACACGGCCACGAUGGUAUUUGUAUCAAAGUCUCGCAAGCAAUCUGCUGUAUGUUUUGCCAUGGGCUAUUGCGUGUCAAGUGAAUGACCUGAAUGAGGAUAAUGCGUGGUGGUACUAUAAGUUUGUUUUCGGAGGGAGUCUUGUAUUCAGUUUCGGUACUAUUGUGGUUGUUGAUUCUCUCUGGGCUUGGACUUUGCAUAAUGGAAAGACGAAGCUAGAGCCUUUCAGAGAGUAG